UUUUGACAAGUUUAUAGUAUCACGUGAUCUGCUAUAAUAACAUUCAGGAAAAACAAUCGUCAUUCGCGGGAGGACAGAAAGUGUGUGUUGUGAUAAAUAUUUUCUUCUAAUAAUCAGUUACUGUCUGCAGCUUUGCUAUAUUGCAUGAUAGAAGUGAGACAUUGGAAAACCGUUUUACCAUAAUAUUCGCCACCGUAAGUGCUGUCACUAGUAAAUUUUAAAGUGAAAAUGGCUAUGCAAGCACAAUUCCAAAAUGGCGAUGUGGAUCCCGUGCGGAUGAACGGGGUGAUAGAAGGAGGCGUAGAGCUGGAAGAAGAAGUUGACAACACAGAGCAAGCGACUAGAAAUGCUAGGAAAGUUAAGCGCAUCCAUCGCUCCAGCUCAGGAUCAGAGUCAUCUAAUUCCAACCAUGCAGUGGAGAAAAAUCUGGCAGUUCCCCCUGCAGUUAGGAAGAAUAGUCGAAAGUCUAGGGACGGGAGAGGUCGGGGCUUGCCAAAGAAAGGAGGAGCAGGUGGCAAGGGUACAUGGGGUACUCUGGGCGAAGAGUUGUAUGAGGAUGGCCACUGUAAGGAUGUUAAGGAUCCAAAUUAUGACUCUGAAAGCGAGGAUGAGUAUGUUGUCGCAGUAAUAAAACCGAAGGUCAGUCUCGAGGAAUUCAACAAUAUUUUAGAGCCCGUGUUACUGGAGUAUUACGAUACCUCAAAUACAGACGAAGUCGUUAGAACAAUUAAAGAAUUGGAUGUUAAUGCCGAAAAAUCCCAAAUUCUGGAAAUAGCAAUCAGUAAGGCCUUGGAUCACAAAGCAGCUCACCGGGAAAUGACCUCUGUUCUGAUCUCUGAUUUAUAUGGCAAAAUUCUUUCUGCUAAGGAUGUAGCGACAGGAUUUGAUGCAAUUCUCAAUAACUUGGCAGAACUGACCAUUGAUACUCCAGAAGCACCUUCUGUAAUUGGUCAGUUUAUUGCCCGAGCAAUAGCAGAUGACUGUAUUGCACCUAAAUAUGUGACAACUUACAAAGGUUGUGUAGACGACCAACACAAACAGGCAGCAUUAGAUAAAGCAGAGCUCCUUCUCAGCAGAAAACACGGCAUUGUCCGAUUGGAUAAUAUCUGGGGCACUGGUGGGGGAAUUAGGCCGGUGAAAUAUCUUGUCAAACAAAUGGUAUUGCUAUUAAAAGAAUACCUAUCAUCAGGUGAUAUUGCAGAAGCCACCAGGUGUUUGCAAGAAUUAGAGGUCCCACAUUUUCAUCAUGAGUUGGUUUAUGAGGCCACAGUUAUGGUGCUGGAGGACUCCUCUGAAAGGGCUGCUCACAGAAUGUGUGAUUUUUUGAAAUCUCUCAAUGAUACAGUGAUUAUCACACCACAGCAAAUGUCUCAGGGAUUUCAGAGAGUGUACGAUGCCUUACCAGACAUAGUGCUAGAUGUUCCGGCAGCUUAUACACUCCUGGAACGUUUUGCUGGGAUGUGUCACAGAGAAGGAGUACUUAGUACGCCCCUCUUCAGGGAAUUACCUCAAAGAGGAAGAAAGAGAUUUGUGUCAGAAGGUGAUGGCGGGAGAGUCAAGGAUGCUGCUGUGUAGCUCCGCUUAGCAUAUCAAGGAAACCCAUGACCUUGCAUAAUUCAUCAGAAAGUGCCAAGGGAUGUAACUCUCACAGAAAAAUUUCCUGUUUAACAUGAAAGGACUUCAUGUUGUCAAAAUUCUUUAAAUCGUUAUUUUGUAAAACCUUUAGUAUUUUGGCAGCAGUUGGACCAGUAUCAGUAUUUCAUCAAAACCACUAUUAUAGGGAUGGCUAUUUCAACAUUUUAAGGAAGAAAUCAAAAUGGCAAAUCAGAAAAAGAACUAAGUAGUAGUAAUCUUUGACUAAUCCUUUGUUAUGGAAUAUGUACUUGCUUCAUCAGUUUUUACAAGUUGCUUGUUUUAAUUUUAUAGUUAAAAACAAUUGUGCUAUGCUUGCUAUUUAAAUUUGCUGUAAAUUUAAUAUUUGUUUUACAUGACAGACCCUUCAAUAGUGAGAUACAGCUAAUUUUAAUUUGUGUAUGUACUUGUAAUAUGUUUUGAUUUUUUAAGUGCUGUUUUUUGAUGUGAUAUGAAAUUCUCAUGAGCAUAUAAGAAUUAUAUGGGCAUUUAAUAAUUGAUUUGAUUGAUAUCACAGUUGCAUCAGAUUUAGAAAUACAAAGUACUAGAAAAGGCACAUAAAAUGAAUGUAUGCUAUGAAACAUAAUUGAAUGUUAUAUAAAAAUCUCUGCAUCAUAAUGACUUCAUGCUGUGGAUGAACUGAACAUUUCCUGAUAAAAACAAUCAUGUCGUUGUGUAAUGCAUGCGUUACUGUACAGGAAACAUACAGUCAGGCUUCAUUUAUCCAGACAACUGUACAGUCCGGCUUCAGUUAUCCAGACACUUCAGUGUAUGGACAAUAUUCUUCUAAAUAAACAUUUUUGGACAUUGAAUAAUAAACAUGAUCUUUUUAUCUGGUUGGUUAGCUUAUCCAAAUAACUUUGCCAGGAACCAAAGUGUUGGAUUAAUGUGGCUUGACUGUAAAUUGUACUGUGAUUUGUAAUGGCACUGUUUUAAUGCUAUCCCUGUUUUAAUUUCUGGUAGACUUUACUCGUGUGCACUAGCUGUUUCUAAAUGAAGAAUUUGGGGUCUUUAUCAUUGGGGAAAUUUGGGUACCAUCUAUUUUUCAUCUUCACCUCACAACUCCUUAAUUCUAGUCAUUCAUUUACUGUCAUUUCGGUUCCUCUUUAGUUCAGUCAUCAUUGAUUGUGGAUUUUUAGGGCAGAGAAAAGGUUAGUGUACAAUAUUUCUAUAUUCAAUUUUAUUUUUGCAUUAGUGUGUGAUUUUUAAAAGAUUUUCUUUGUAUUUGAUAUGUUUAAUAGUGCUCUGGAUAUUUUGAUUUCAGUUGAAAAUUGCUUGUAUGAGUUUAAAAUUUCAAUAGGGUUACUGUAGAGGAAGGUCUUUUUAAAAAACAAAUUUGUAAAUAGAAGGGUUCAAGAAUUUCAAUCCAUGUAAUUUCCAUCAUGGUGCAUGUAUUUGUAGAAUAUUAAUUUAUUUGAUAUUGGGUUUUUCAGCCGUUUGAGGAAAAUGUAACAAUAAUUCCACAUUCUGUUAUUGUGUUCUCUAUCUACUAUCUUUUUCUUUGUAUAAAUAAGAGUGUUUUUUUUUUUUUUUUUUAAAAGUCACUAUAGAAUCCAUUGUCACAAGUCCUAUCUUUACACAUGUAUUUUGGGGUUAUUUUGUAUUAGAAAUAAUAACUAAAUUUCAGUAUAUGAAUAUAACUAUUUUGUUAAGAAAUCUUAUUAGUUAUAAUCCUUCUUACCUGUAUUUCUGUAAGAGUUUGGUGCAACUAUGAAGUUUGUUACACUGUUUAAGCAUCUGCACUAAGUGUCAGACAAUAAAAAAUCAAAAAUAUAA